ACACUGCCGGGCCAGCAUGUGUGUGUGUGUGUGUGUGUGCCUCGCCGCCCCAAAACAACCCCGGCGAGGCGUGACUGAGACACAACCCUCAGCUUUGCCCCUCGCUGCUGCACCUUUGAGGGCGUGAAGAGCAGCCAUGGGGAAGAUAAAGCAGCGGCGACAACUGGGGCAGCGAUAUGACCCCACCGGAGUGUCCAGGAGGAGAGAGGACCGUGCGGAGGGUCAGACACAGUCCCCAUCAGCUGGCCUGAGGCUGGUCGAGGAGAAGAUAACAAGUGUACUGGCUGAGGAGCGUGUGUGUGGCCUCAACACACUAGCGUCUCUUGCCCUGGAGGAGCAGGGCCCAGCCUGUGUGGUCAAAACACAGCUGGUGGCCAAGGCAUCAGCCCUCCUCAAGGACCCGAGUGUAGAAGUCAGACUGGCAGCAGCUGGAGCCCUUCGGAACAUCAGUGCUGGUGGGUCUGACGAGGUGGUGGAAGCAAUGGUGCAGCAGGAGGUGUUGGGGCCACUGGCAGACUUGCUGGGUGACUACCGAGAGUCCUGGAGCUCUGCAACCACUGACCUGGGGCAGGAGGCAUCACGAGAUGUUGAUCCCAUGAGCAACACUUUCGUGCAUGCCACUCACCUCCUCUGGAACCUGUGUGAGUGCAGUGAGGAAGCCAUGAAUGUAUUCAACAAAGAGGGUUUGGUCCACGUCCUCCUGCGCCACCUUGACCCAGCCGUCUGGGGCCACACUAUGGCUCUGGCAGUGGCUGAGUGUCUCCUGUGUGUGUCAGAGAACAACCCCAGUGCUGAAUCAGUGUUGCUCCCUGUGGCAGAAGACCUCGUGGGCUUCAUCUCCCGUCCCAAGGAGCAACCCACUGACUUGCAUUUUGCUACCACAGUCAUAGGAACACUGUUGAACAUCAACUACUGUACUUCUGGGAGCAACAACUUCCAGCUGGUGUUGAAGGUGCUGGCCACUAUGCUUGAGCCAGACCCACUGCCUCUGGUGACCCAGUAUGCCAGUGACUCAUCAGGCUGUGGUGGCACCCAUCUCUCUAUGACUCCACAGGAACUUGAACAUCUCAUUCUGGGGCAGCAGUUAGCACUUGAAAUAUUAUCCAACAUUUGCUGUCCAGAGGGUGAGCAAAAAGACUUCACUUAUGAUCAUGCUUUCAACUGUAAUUCAGAUGAGGAUGACUGGGAUGAAUGUGAAGAUGUGCCGUCAGGAGAUGAAGAGGAAGGAAUGUGUGAAGGGGAGCCCAUGGAGGAUGACGCGUCUAAGAGCACAUUGGCGCCGGAGGUUCAUGAGGGCAUUUCCCACUUCAACCUCUUUGAAAAAACUCUAAAGAAGGUUGAGUUUCCUGAAGAAAAUGUCCUCCAAGCAUUGCCUACUUUGAAAUUUGGGCCAUCUCUAUUAACCAAGCUUGGUGUGCUGAGGACCCGUGCCCUGCUGUGCCUUCAGAACAUGAGCAGUGCCCUGGAGCUGAAGGAGCUGGGGGGGGCCGAACUUCUCUAUUCCACAUGGGUGAAGUUAGCAAUCACCGUCUUCCAGAACACUUGCCCAGAGACUGAGCUUCUGGAGGCAGCCACUGGGGCCAUGCGUGCAAUCAUAGACCGACUCAGACAGGACCAGUGUGACAUCUUGGCUUCAAUAUCACAAGAUGAACUGAAGUCAAUAUUUCAAGCUGGUGUGUCAUGCCCCAUUGCAACUGUGAGAGCCAAUGUAACACGCAUGGUGGGUGCGCUGGGCUGCCUGCUAGUCACUCAGACCCCAGAGAAGUCAGUCAGCUCUGGCAGUGUGUUCGAAGUGCUCAACACCACCACAGAGUUUUUGUUUAAGGUUGGUGCCCAUGAUGCAGAGCUGUGGGUGUCAGCUGAGGCCCUGGAUGUCAUCAUUGAUAUGUAUUCGGAUGACAAGACAGACAGGCUGGCUCACCUUGUCCAUCUGAUAGACAGACUGAGGGGAAUCCAGCCAGGCUUUAAGGCAAAGCACCACCAACAAAGAAAGAGACUUGGGGACCACCGGGCACUGGUGCUGACAGUGAGGGACAAUCUGGGGGGCUUCAUAAAGUACAAGGGGCCCAGAGCAGGAAAGUUCAGUAAAACCUAACACACAUCUGGCUAACAUAGGGCAGGAUUGGGUUUGUCAUAAUGUACACAGAUCAUUGUUAAUUUUAUCACAGGCUUGUUAUAGUUCAGUAAAGAUUCAGGAAUCUCUAUUUUAUUUUUAUUUCAUUGAAAAUUAUCAAUGAAUACUAAGAACCAAGAAUUUUCAAACAAUUUAUAGGUAUAUACUUUUUUUUUUUUUUUUUUUUUUUUUUUUUUUUUACUGAUGUUACCAUAUUCAUUCUGACCACCCACACAUCAGUGCAGGGUAAUAGUUUUUUUUAUGAAAUGUAAUAGUUGCAGGAGAUAUAACUUAUCACAUAUAUUUAUGACGUGUGUUAUUAUGAGGUUUAAUAUUGUACUUUCCAGUUUAUGUACUUUACAUAUAACUUUUGUAUGACUUCAGUAACCAGAAAUGACAUCAUUAUAUUAAAU